GGAAUUAUUAACGUCGAGUGGGGGCCGAGCGGACGAGGUGGCAAGGUCAGAUGGCCCGACUCUCUCAGGCACAGGCCAGGGAUCAGAAGGAGGGGAAAGGUUCCUUUUGCUCUCUUCUCCUCUCUCGCACUUGUACUUUUGACACUCCGCCGUAACUGAGUGUGUUUAGCUGAGCAAGUCAGUUACUUCGCUGCACGGAAAUGGACGGAAUUUGCUUAUUCCUGGCACGUAGCGGCAAGCGCAAUUAAAAUUCAGCGCUUGGGAAGUCUCGAUUGCCAAUUUGGACGCCGGCUGAGAUCAGGAUGCCAACAAGUGAAGACGCGCCGCUACCCUCACAACACUACUUAAGCGACAUGGAAAUUUUAAGUGCGCCCAGUCCAACAAAACUCAGCGAAGGAGGACACAUGAGAAGACGUUACAAGACCCACAGACUCUCCAAAAAAAGAAGUGUGCACGAUUACUCCAAAUAUACAGACGAUGGGGCAGAGAGCACGACCGACACUCCCCAGUGGUCCUCGCUCCAAAACAACAGUCUCACUAAACAGCGGACCGACACUCCCCAGUGGUCCUCGCUCCAAAACAACAGUCUCACUAAACAGCGCUCCGUGUCCUUGACGACGCUCAACAACUCGCUUGGUCAGUUAACAGCGGCGAGCAGCUCGGCCCUGUUACAGCCUCGAAUGGCUCAGCUUGAGACGUUGGAGGCGAAGAUGGCGAGUAUAGAGGUUUCUUUGAGCUCCACGUGCCUAUCCCCGACAGCCACAGGGGUGCGGAGGACUAAACGAAUGGCACCGUCACCAACCCCGCGCAGUGCUCCGUCUCCCGUUUCAACGUUGAGCGUGCGGUCCACGCCAGCGCAGCCAACUAGAAUUGAGAUUAUUUCGUCACCGAUCAGCGAAAGUGAUUCUCCCCGAAAUGUAAUAAGUGACAAGGAAAAUGUGAUUCAAAGCUUGAAAAGUAAGCUUAAUUCGAGCAGUAUCUGCAGUCCUAGCAAGGGAAUAAACUUAAGAAUUGAGGGCAAAUGUGUUACUCCUGUUAGUCCUACUGAGAGGAAAGUUUUGGAAAACAGGGUAGCAAAGUUAAAACAAGAGAUUGAGAGCAAAAGGACUGCGGUGAAAAACCUCAAAUCAACACUCGACCAGCUUGAUAUUACAGAUAACAUUGACGUGAGGAUUCGUCAAGCUGAGGUGGAGUUCCAGUUGGGCAGGGAGGAACUUGCUUUGCUGUCACUGACAGAAGAGCUGAGAAACCUGACGACCAGACUAGAUAUUGGAACUCUUAUUCACUCGCAACCUGCCGUUUCACCGCCGCAAACCACACACCACAUGACAUUAUUCGGAAUUGUGUCAGCUGCGAUCCCCAACCCGUUGAGUAUGCACGCGGUCCUGCUACCAAUCUCGCUGCUUUACGACCCAUGCAAUCCAGUAUUCGGAAUAUCAGACCGACUGAUCCCGCCAGGAGUUGCAUCCGUGGAAUGGGCCAAGGACGAGGAAUGUGGGUUGAAGCCCAAUGACAGGAUAAUUGAGGCUAAUGGCCAGCUCCUGUCAAGGAUGAAGCAGGACUCGCUGAAGAAUUUGCUGAACUCCACCAACCUCACGCAGCUACGGUUGGUGGUUAUUCGUUCGUACCCAAUCUCGCACAAACAGCAAGAGGAGCACUCGUUCGAGAGCGCCGAGUACCUGGAGAAGACAAAGAAGGCGGGCAGCGACAGGUCAAAACUGCUGGAGUUGGAGAACUUGAAAGCAGAAAAUCUUCGCCUCUCGCACCGAAUCUUCUACCUGGAAGAGCAGGUUGCCGACCUGAUCUCGUCCGACGAGCAGGUCAAAACGCCGUCGGUCCAGCAGCAGCAGCAGCCAGUCUACCGGGCCAAAGGCGAGGUGCACGUGUUCCAGAAAGGCUCGCACACCGCGAUCGUGUCGCACGCCAAGCAGGACAAGACAGGCCCGCGGAGCCGGUGGCAGGAGGAGUCCGAGUACAGCGACAGUAGGAGCACCCGCUCGCUGGACGUCAACAAAUACAAGCCGGCGCCACCGAAGAAGCCGCAGAGGUUGAGUCUGCUGCGGGCCACCAGCCUGCAGCAGGGCAUCGACACGUCGGAGGUGGUUGCGCCGAGGAAACCGUCCAAGCGGCCUCACAAAAACGUGGUGGCCAUCCGUCCAGACCCGCAGCCCCACUGGACCAAGCAGGAGCACGUCCUGCCCGCGUCGGCCCAGUACCACAACCAACACGUCCCCGAGAUCGACGCCAGGGAGAACUGGUGUUGACAUCAGCGAAUUUGCCGACUUCUUGCCACUAUGAAGUCUAAUACUGUUAAACUUGAAUUGAUUUGCUAUUGAAAGAGAUUAUAGAAAUGUAUAUUAAAUAAAAAGAAAACAAUUGCUUGCUUUA